AUGGCUUCCAAUGCCCUUCCCCAAACCCUGCGCUCCAUCACGACUACGAAAAUCAAAGAACUCUCGAAACAGCGCUCUCUUUUCGAAAAACGCCGCCAUGAAAUUCUCACUGCCGCCUCUAACGCCUCCGACCUUCGCACCAAAGCGAGGAUCCUGCUGGAGGGUGUGACAAAGCUCAAGGGCCAUCCAGGUGAUGCAUUUGACAACGAAGAUCUCGAUGUCGAUCACCCGGAAGGCGACGAGACGAGAGUGGAGGAUGGGACGGAGCGUGCGCGACACGCCAAUAUCCGGCGCUUCCUGUUACAAGGGCGGUAUGACCCGUCUGUUGCGGAGAGUAGCUUGAACGAGUGGAUUGCGGGGCUGGAGCAGGAGCUUCAGUAUAUGGAACAGAGUCACGACCAUGCGGCGUUCUAUAGCAAGCUUGUGACGGAGUGGUUGGAGGAUCUGGAAGUUGCGCCUUCAGGGUCCGUUUCUUUAGAAGAGGAAGCUGGGGCCGGCGAGGGGAUGGAGAAGAAGGUGGGCCGUGCCGAGAUGCACGAGCAGAGACGGACCUGGGAGGAGAUCGUGUUCCGGGAGGACAGUGAUGUCCAAGCGGAUGAGAUUCGGGCGUACUUGGAAGAUUUGUUCACAAAGACGCCCCUGUCGCAACAGGCGUUGAAGGAGCUCCGGGAGAGCAUCAAGUCCUUUGCCACGGGCCAUUCCUCCAAGAAGACCUGGUUGACUGCCGACGACCUCGAAUGGGUUUCCAACUCGCUGCUGAAGACAGAUCUCCUCACAAAGGAGAAGAUGGGGAUUCUCAAGGAGUUGAUGCGAAAUCAGUCUGUUGCGCAGGAGGUUGCAGACGUGUUGAAUAUGCGUCUCGCUUCGCUGGAUAGUUGGUGCUGGCCGGAGGAGGGCAUUCCCGUGGAAAUGCGCCGCCAAUUGAAUGGGAAGUACCGGGUUUUCAUGGACGAGGAUGUCCUAGAUAGCCUGAUGUUUCACUACCUGGGACUCAAGUGGUCUGUGACGCUGCGAAGCGCGUUUGUCACUUUCCUCGGGUCGCGCGGUUGGAAGACACGGCGUGGAACCAUCCCGGAGAAGGACAAGUUGCGUCGGAUGUACUUCCUUGGGGAUGAGAACUCGCGAAGAUGCGACCAGACCGUCAAUGAAUACCGCGAAUCGGUGUACCGAGACGAGUACUUCAUGACGCAGUUGCCUGCUUCCCUUCGCGACGGCGAGCGUGAAUAUGAUGGCAGCGACUCUGAUCCGACCGAGGAGCGUCGCAAGAACGCCCUGGACACAAAGCAUGCCCUGCUACAUCUCCUUCUCACGGAGUCCAUCAUCCACACUACCCUUCACGGGCAGUUCACUGCGGUCCAAUCCGAUUUCAAAUGGUUUGGCCCGUCGCUCCCGCAUACUACGAUCAUCACGGUGCUGGCCUACUUCGGUGUCCCCGAGGAUUGGCUCAACUUCUUCAAAACCUUCUUGAGUGCCCCUAUUAAGUUCGUUCAAGAUGGGCCCGACGCCGUGCUUGUCUCGCGCGCCCGAGGAGUCCCCAUGAGCCACACACUUUCCACCUUCAUGAGCGAGGCGGUCCUUUUCUGCAUGGACUAUGCCGUGAAUCAGAGUACGGACGGCUCCUAUUUGUACCGGAUGCACGACGACCUCUGGUUCUGGGGUCAGGAAGACACGUGUGUCAACGCGUGGACCGCAAUGAACGCUUUUGCAGACGUUAUGGGCCUCGAGUUUAAUGAAAGCAAAACCGGCACUGUUCGACUCGACGGAGCAGCGGAUGACGAAAUGAGCCGCUCAGGAUAUAAACCGUGGGCGCAUUCCACGACCACGGCCGGCAAAGAUAAGGACCUCGAGCCAGUUCCCCUGCCCGACGGCGACAUCCGCUGGGGGUUACUGCAGCUCGACUCCCCAAAACGCCGCUUCAUCAUCGACCAGGACAGGGUCACUGAACACAUCACUGAGCUCCAGCGGCAACUAUCCUCCUGCCGGAGCGUUUUCGCCUGGAUCCAAGCAUGGAACAGCUACUUUGGUCGGUUCUUCGUGAACAACCUCGCCAAACCGGCUGUUUGCUUUGGGCGCGAACACAUCGACAUGGCGCUCUCCACGCUUAGCCACAUCGAACGCACGCUCUUCAGCAGCGGCGUCACGGAUCACCUCCGCAAGAUGAUUGCAGAGCGAUUCAACGUGCAUGAUCUCCCCGAGGGCCUCUUUUACUUCCCCAUCGAACUGGGCGGCCUGGACCUUCUCAAUCCCUACAUCCCCCUUCUGGCGAUGCGCGAAAACAUCCGACAAACGCCGCACCGCCGCGUCCUCAAGGCCUUCCUCGAAGACUCAGCCACCUACCUCUCGGAGAUGGAGUACGCUGGAAAACACGGGCCCCGGAACCCGGGAGCCUUCAAUGGCAGCAGCGGCGGGGACUCUGAUAUCCCGGACUCCUUCCUCUCGCUAGAAGAGUACAUGCGGUACGCCGAGUCCUACAGCGAUGCCUUUCUUAGCGCUUACAAGGACUUGAUCCGCGUGCCGGAGCAGGCCAGCGCGAACCUCACCCCGAGUAUGCGCGGCAACCAGACGCUCCUAAGCGACACACGGCCGCGCAGCACGUCAGGCACGGGGGCAAACGCCGUCUCGAAAAACUGGGAAGCCAUGACGCCGUACGGGCGAUGGAUGGCGGAAUUGUACCAGGAGGGGAUGGUGAAAAAGUACGGAAGUUUGGCGGCCGUGAACCGGGAGUUUGUGCCUGUUGGAGUGGUUGAGACUCUCAAGGAAGGGAAAUUUCAGUGGCACGGUUGA